GCCUCAUUACAAGUCUUUCGUGGCUUCGCUGUACCUUAUUAUACCUAUAUGCAACCCACUACUUACCGAGCCUUUAUACCCUUUGAUAGGGUAGUAAGUAUACUGACUUUUGAUAUAUAUUUGAUGUAUAUACCUAUAUGUAGAUCGCGAAAAAGUCAAGCCCCCCUUUGCGGUGCUCUCGCUCGGCGAAGUAAAAGCAAGUGCUGCGUUGCGCUGCGCUGUACCCGCCGCGACGGGGGUAGAUAUAGGAUACAGUUGCAGCAGGUAACAAGCGCUUGCGCGCGUCGACCAUACUCUGCACCACCACUACCACCACUGCCACUAGCACCGGAGCCCUGUAGUAUUAUCAUCACAAAAGUCUAUGGUAUAUCUCUCUCUCUCUCUUUCUGUGCAAUUUUCAGCAGUUAGAGAGCAGUCAGCAGCAGCAGCGGUAACAGUAACGGCGCAGCGCCAACAGCUACAGCAGUAGUAGCCAGCAACCCCCGCGAGUGCGUUGAGAAUAACAACGCCGCCGCGCAUCUCACACUUUGUGCGCAUUUUGCUCUCUCUCUCUCUCUUUCUGUGCGGUGCAGGGUGCGUUUUUUCUUAUCGCGCUGCGUUUUGUACGUAGAUAAAGCUUCGAAGCGUAACACGGCACAAACAUGCAUCACAGAUCGCCGGAAGUCUGUGGCGCGACGUCGCCCGUCGUAAUGAUCGUGUAAAAAGGUGUCAAGGAGUCAGGCGAUGAUUAUUCCCUCGUUAUUGAAGAUCAACUCGGAAACAAACAUGUAACGACGAAAAAAAAAAGAAAAGACGUGUGUCGCGCGCGCGCGUCCAAAGCUGUGCAGCUGUUGUGUGCAGGAUAUAUAUAUAUAUAUAAAUACAAAUAAUAAUACACUGCGUGCGUUGCGUAAAAAAAGGAGCUGAGGAUCCGACAUGAGGCUGUAUCUCGGCAACGUAGUGACCCUCGUGUCCGUGAGAAAAUGCUUCUACCUAUCGAGCGUCGUGCUCGUACUGUCGACGAUGAUGGCAGCCGUGAUCAUCGUCAAGCUGUCGCCCCUCGAGUCGGUCAAGUGUCAGCCGCAGGCCGUCACCGCCGCCGUCGAGUGGAACACGUUGGCCAAUAAUAACAACAAUAAUAUCAACAAUAAUCGUCGACACGGUAAUAAUAACAGAUUCUCGGCGAGACCGCCUUACGCCGCGGCGGCCACGAGCACCGAACAAAUGACGACGGAGAGGACGACGACCACGACGACCGAGCGCAGGAUCAAUUAUUUUGAAAGCAGACGCGAAAACAAUGAGAGGAGGUACAAAGAGAUGAGAGAAAAAAUGGUACAAAACAAGAUAGCUAGGAUGUCUAGAAAAAUGAGAAAUAAGGUAUUGCCACUGCUCAACAACAGUGGCGUUGUCGAACCCAACUAUAAUGUCCACAUAUUCUACUAUGCCUGGUAUCGCUCCAUGGAGUACGAUGGCUUCUGGAAGCACUGGAACCAUGACAUACUGCCCAAUUGGAAGAAAAACGACAAGAGAAUUUUUCCAGAGGGAGCACACAUGCCACCAGCCGAUAUAGGGGCUAAUUUUUAUCCUAACUUAGGUUGUUAUAGUUCACUGGAUCCACAAGUGAUAGAUUUACACAUGAGACAGCUGAGAGAUGCAGGCAUUGGUGUAGCUGUAGUGUCUUGGUCACCGCCAAGCAGUAUAGAUGACACGGACUCAAUAAUGCCAGAUAUACUGGAUGCAGCUCACAGAUAUCAACUGAAAAUUGCUCCUCACAUAGAACCUUAUCCUGGAAGAAAUCCAAUUAAUCUCAUGGAACACAUAAGAUACCUGCUGAACCAGUACGCGUCUCAUCCAGCCCUGUACAGAAUGAAGAGAGAGAGCGACGGAGCCGUCCUGCCGGUGAUGUACAUCUACGACUCGUACGUGUUCCCGUCGAGCGCCUGGUGGGAGCUGCUGUCGGACAGGGGCAAUCUCACACUGCGCGGCACCGAGCUCGACGCGAUCUACAUCGGCCUGCUGGUCGAGUCGGCCCACCGCAAUCACAUCAAGAAGUCGCACUUCGACGGCUUCUACACGUACUUCGGCAUCAACGGCUUCAGCUUCGGCAGCUCCUGGAAAAAUUGGCGAGAUCUCAACAAGUUCGCCAAUCAGAACGGGCUGCUCUUCAUUCCCAGUCUCGGGCCCGGAUACAUCGAUACUCAGAUAAGGCCAUGGAACGCGGAGAACACGCGACACCGUCGCCACGGCCAGUACUACGAGGUGGCCUGGCGCAGCGCCCUCAACAGCGGCGCCGGCAUGGUGUCGAUCACCUCGUUCAACGAGUGGCACGAGGGCACCCAGAUCGAGCCCGCCAAGCCCGCGAGCAAUCGGGACUUCACCUAUCUGGACUACGAGCCCGAGGGCUCGGACUUCUAUCUCAAUCUGACCAAGUGGUGGGUGCAGCAGUUCACCGAGAAGCUCGGCUACUAUUACGCCGCGUCGGCCCUCAGUUAGAUCGACCUUCUUCGAAAAGAGGAUGUACUAUAAAAAAAAAAGUGCGGAGCGCGCGUUUACGUAUGCCGCGCGGGGGUAAGUCGAUAUAACCAUUGUAUACACACAAACACACAUGUCAUCAGUCAGAAAAUACGUAUUAUUGCAUGCCAAGAGCGUGUCGUCGUCGUCGUUUUUCUCUUUCACGAACGUCUGACGAUAAUGGAGCGCUUUUCUCUCUUACGCGCGCGCGCGCGCGCCUCUCUCCUUGAUGGAUCGACGAGGUGGCAUUUUUGUUUUUUUUUCCUUUUACUCAAGGGUGCACGCGUUGACAUUAUUUUAUUACAGCAUGAAUCACUGAUUCAAUUUACUGCCAGUUUAUAUACAUAAAUAAAAAUCGAAUUUUUAAUUGUUUGUAUUCGUUAUUACGAGCUGUGUUCAACGAGAGACUCUGUGCAAUCGUAUCCGAUUGCCGUUUUAUAAAAAAAGAAAAUGAACCGACCGGUUUACGCUUAUUAAAUUUAAGUAUUUUUAUCGAUUGUUGUACAUAAUUUCAACUGGUACUUAUAUAUAUUUUUCCAACCAAAAUAAUAAGAAAGUAUACAUACGUUUUUCUCUCUCUCUCUCUCUCUCUCUCGCAAAUAUCAUUUUUAUCGGAUAUAAAAUGAUGCCGAAGCGCGUCGGCGGCAGCGCACAACUUUAUUUUAUUGAGAAAAACAAUAAGCGGAUAACGACUGAUGAAUCGGCUUUAAACUUUUGCGUCCGUACAUAACAAAAAGAAAAAGAUCCUAUUUGUAAUUAUAGAGAGUAAAGAAGAUUGUGUAAACGAGAGCGAUCGUGCGUGAAUUUAACCAAUGAUCGAUACGCAGGGAAGACCAAUUCGAGAGCGAUUUUAUUUAAAUUUACGUCUCAAAUAAACACAACACAGUAUUAUAUUUAUAGAAUUCUAAAACAAAAAAAACAUAUAUUAUAUAUAUUAUAAUAAAGCUCCAAUUGUAUUACCUGAUUAGCCUGACUAGAUUAAUUACGAAAGAUAUAACAAAUUUAAAAGUUUGUAUCGUAGGGGAGGAGCGAACAAUUUUUUAACUGAACGAUUUUAUCUUGUAGACGUAAUUAGAGUGAUAAUGAUAAUUAUGGAUCUUAUUAUGAAUUUGUAAAAAUGGAAAAAUUGUCAUUUUCUACGUGCUCUCUCGUAGCUCCUUUUUGAUUAUUCAAUAAUAAUUACAUUAAAAAUAAUAAUAAUAAUGGUAAUGAUAAUAAUAAUUGUUGAUACUUAAUGCAGUUCAAACGAAUUUUCAGCGUGUAUGCGCGUGUUACGAAGCAUAGAAGCGAAUGAAAAAAUAAAAGCCAAAGUACACGAGGUAUUAUAAAUGAAAUUUCAAAGGCGUAGAUGUAAAUCGCAGAUUUUUUCUAAAGGGCAGUAUCUUACGUUGGAAAAAAUAAUUUAUCGUACGAGUGCAUUGCUCUCCAACACGCACAUCAGCAUGACCGCGUACGUAAAACGCGGUUGGCUUUUUUUUCAACACGACCCGCGCCCGCGUAUAUAUGAAAACUCUUUACAUGCCCCACGGCAACUUUUCCCUCUCGCACGCGCGCGCUCGCAGUAAUCAUCGUGCCGCACAUAACAAGGUCUUUCAAUCGAUAAUUAUGAAAAAUAAUUUUUAAGUAAUGGGCAGCGAAGCGCGCGAUAAGUUUAAUUAUCGGCGCGGUUAAUUUUGAUGAACUUUCCACUUGCACGUGAUUUCUCGCUACGAUAUCGAUUUAUUAUAACAUUUUUUCGGAAUUAAAAUUAACAAAUAGAAAAGGUCGGUGGUGGUGGUGUCGCCCGGUGAAGCGAAGUAAAUAAUAAAUUUUUUAUAAUAAAAGUUUAAUCCUAUCGUAGAGUAAUGCGAGACGGUUUUACCUUUCGACCAAAACUGAUACAAUAAUAGUUGUUACGAUUUAUAGCUGUCUUCGAGGAAAAAAAAAAGUAAUCAACUUGAUUUGUAGUUGUUGCAUGGAUAUAAAUACGCAUUGAAUCUCGAGUUAUAAACUAAUAUGUAAUAUAAAGUAAAAUAUCGUGGGUAAUUUAUUACAUUAUAAUACUCCACGGUUCAUGAAAAAUUCAAGCUUUUUCAUUCGUCGAAUUGAAUAUGACGAGAUAAUAAACUGCAGCCGAACUAUACCUCAGAAGCGACCGAUUCUAAAAAGAACCUGCAUUAUGCAUACAUUCUCGCGCUUUAUCGAUAAUUUUGAGUGAUUUUACUGAGGUGCUCGUGUAACUAUAAACGGAGUGGUGCUCAUUUUUAAAAAUAAAUGUUAUAAACUCUAACGAUUCCUUGCCCCGAUGGUCGUGUACUUGGUAUAGUUCGGCGAAUUCUCGAUUUUUUAUCGCUAUAUAAUUGUAGUUAAUGAAAUCUUGUGCGUAAAAUACGUAUUGUACAUUUGAAAUAUGAGUGCAGGCGAUGUUGUUUUGAAAAUCGCGUGCUGUUAUAAAAUUAAUAUUCCUAGACAAUAACCUCAUUGCUCCCUUUUUCCCUGUCCUAAUGCAGUCACAGGGUAUACCGCAUACACACAAUAUAAAAAAAAUUUGAGCUGUCAAGCCGGCGUUCUAUUAUUAUAAAUAAUAUUAAUAAAGUUAAAAACUUUUCUCUCUUGUAUGAAUAAUACAAUUUUUAGGAUAUAAUUAAUCGUACGUUCGCGAAAAAAAAACAAUUAGCGAGGUUUAACAGUAUUUGAAUGAUGCUAGUCAGAUUAUGAUAACGUGGGAGAUGAUAGGAUCUGUGAAAAUACAUGUUAGACUUUUUUAACUAUCUCUCCAAUCCGGAAUCAAAGUAUUAUUAUGUAAAAUAUUUAAUCUCGUCGAUACGAAUGAAUAAUGGUAAUAUUGUCAAUGAAUGUUUAAUUACAUCGGUGCGAAAAUUUUUCGCAAGAGAAGAGUCACUUUUUCUUCCUACGAUGUGACUGUUCAUAGAUUGACUUCAGUUAACUUGACUUAAAAAUUCUUCGAUUAUAUUUUAUUAGA